CCUACCAGGAAUCAUUUGUUACUCCAUGUCAAGAGAAAAUCUCGUUAUUAUUUUGUUUCCGUUAUCUUGUGACACUUUGGCCUUGUGGAUAAUUAUUACUACAUGUUUUUUUUGUCACUUCUGGUUUAUUACUGAUGACUCCAUGUUUCCAGCCGAUUCCAGAACCAGAUAAGUUGACAAAAAUCAUUGUGCAAGCACUAGAAAUUACUGGACAGAGAGGAAUCAUUAAUAAGGGUUGGGGUGGGCUUGGAAAUUUGGAAGAAUCAAAGGAUUUUGUAUAUGUACUUGACAACGUUCCACAUGAUUGGCUCUUUUUGCAAUGCAAGGCUGUGGUACACCAUGGUGGUGCUGGAACCACUGCAGCAGGUCUUAAAGCUGCGUGUCCCACUACCAUCAUCCCAUUCUUUGGUGAUCAAUUCUUUUGGGGCAGCAUGGUGCAAGCCAGAGGAUUGGGAGCACCACCUGUACCUGUGGAGCAAUUACAAUUGAAUUCACUGGUUGAUGCAAUCAAAUUUAUGAUUGAUCCAAAGGUAAAGGAACGAGCUGUUGAGCUAGCAAAAGCAAUUGAAUCAGAGGACGGUGUUGAUGGGGCUGUUAGAUCCUUUCUGAAACAUCUUCCACAACAAAGAAAUUCUGAGACGAUGCCAACUGAACAACCAUCAACCUUCAUGCACCCCUUACUUCUCCCUGUAAAGAGAUGUUUUGGCAUUGCUUCCUAUCUCUGCAUUUUCAUACUUUGAUCCUGUGAUGUUACAGCAACUGCUGUUGCGCCACAUGCUAAUGGGGAAGUCACCAACAUCGGCUGCCCUUUUUCUUUUUGAAACUAAUUAGGCAGGAGAGCUGCCGAUUAUAUUAAAAAAAAGAAACAAUGUCCAGGGCACCACAACAACCAACAAGGACACCACCACCGGCCAAUCGGCUGCCCUUUUUCAACCUUUACAAUUGUUCCGUUUGCCUAGUGUAGGGUAUUUCGUUCUUCAUAUAUACUGUAAUUAUUUGAUGUUCCCUUUUGAUGUACGUAUAGCCUGUGAUUUGCGUGUACAGGGUAUUCUAACUUGAGACA